AUGAACCCGAUACCAGGCAUUCAGCCAGGGCCGGUGCCCAAUGAGAAGGCAGUGGACGUAACACCUGCUGUUGCCAGCCGCCCUCCUUUCGAAAGUGAAGAUCAUGUCCAUGAAGACGAACAUCUUCUGCCACGCGAUCGUGGAAGAGCCGCUUGGACAAGCCUUGUUGCUGUUUCCGUUAUAGCUAUGGCCACUUGGGGUUUUGGUGCUACACAAGGCGUUUUUCGAGAGUACUACUUCAAGACACCGCCUUUAGAAGGGAACCAGUUGGUCGCCUCCACGGGUCUGCUAGUGGUUGUAAGUGCUACACUUCCAUCAAAGCAAACCUCGACAGCUUAUUUUUCUAAGGGUCUCUUGCAAACACUGCCGCCAUUUCUUCUUAAAAUCAUUGGUACCUCAUCCCAAUACAGGCUUUACAUGAUGUGGAGCGGCAUGGUCCUCGUCGUAGCGUCCUCUAUCGGUGCCGCUUUCUCGACGUCGGCAGUUCAAGUCAUCAUGACACAAGGGCUCAUGUAUGGGCUCUCCAGUGGUCUCCUAUUUGCACCAUGCUUGACCUUUGUGGAUGAGUGGUUUCACAAACGGCGUGGCCUUGCCAACGGUAUCUUCUUCGGAGCGCCAAACAUUGCUGCAGCUGGCCUUUCACCCAUAUUCUCUGUACUUUUAAAGCGCUUUGGUCCCCGCGCAACUCUCAUAGGAUGGGCUGUGUUCACGGCUGUCAUCAUCUCUCUUGGCAUUCUAUGCGUCCGCUCCCGGCGAGACAUUAAAGCACAGGCAGCAGCGGCAGCAUCACGACAGCCGUCCUCGACGUUGAGGUUGUUCAAGAAGCCGGUGUUCUGGCUUUUUGUCUUCUCCAUGACUCUUCAGAGCCUAGCCAACAAUCUUCCUGCCAACUAUCUCCCAAGCUAUGCCACCGACCUUGGUGUCUCGCCGGAACAGGGCGCCUUGCUGGUUACGUUUCUGUCAUUAUUUGGCAUCAUUGGUCAAAUAUCAAUCGGAGCCUUAACAGAUGCCAUUGGACCCCUGAUACCUAUGCUGUUGAGUACUCUAGUGAGCAGCUUUGCUGUUUUUGUUGUGUGGGGUUUGGGAAGGUAUUACUGGAAUAUGGUUGUUACGUCCAUACUCUUUGGUGCCUUUGCCUUCAGCUUCAUGGUGCUGCGCAGCCACAUGGCUGCCAUUGUUGUGGAUGACCCUAACCGCCCGGCCGAGGAGCUUUUCGUUUCUGGCAUCCUGCUAUUCACUCGAGGUGUCAUAGGCGUUGCUUCCGGAUACAUAGCUGCUGCUGUGCUGCAAAAUAGUGAACAUAUAGGAGUGCAGCCUGGAUAUGGGGCUGGUAAAUGGCGCUCUUUCAUCAUACUUUUGGGGACUACAAUGACGGCUGCGACUUUAGGGGCAGUUGGCCUGCUGAAGAAAAGAAAGAAGACUGAAUAUUAG